AACAGUAUGAACAAAUAGAAGGCAAAAAUGACAAGUUGUCCUUUGUAUAUCUAUAGUAGCAAUAGCACAUGCUAAACAAGGACAAAAUCUACGCAAAAUAAUUUAAUGAACUGUUUACAACCAUGGCUAACCAGUGCAUGAGAAGGAGAUGACAGGAGACUAAUGUUUCACUCUUUCAAUUGCUCUAAUUUGAGCUCUUACUGUUGUUAUCUAACAUACCAUACAGUAAUUGAAUUGUGUAAAAGUGUGAAAUUACUGCACCUUAAAAAUGACCAUGAAUUAGCUAUACUCUCAUUUGCAUAGUGAUUAACAUUAUGAAUUUCAAUUGUGUAUACCAACUGUAUGAUGGCUGACAUUUACCUAACUUGUUUUCCCUCCACUCUAACCAAGGAUGCCUGUUUUUAAAUUCCCUAGCCUGACACCCAGUCCGAAAGGCUGGCCAGGGGUUCUCAUCUAAAAGUAACAAGGAGAUAUAAAGUGGGAUUAAAACAUUGUCUUCUGUUGACUACUUGUUAUGUGGUUUACACGUUAAUAUGGGAGGACUGGACACACACACACACGCACACACACGCGAGAAGGAGGGGCUCGGCCCGCCAACUAACGUGCAGAGAUGCAGGGGCAGCUUCGCGCUUCGUAACAGAGACAGGGCAGAGCGCGAGCGCGCAGGGGGAAUCUUAUGAAUGUGUGAAUGUAGGAGAUAACUUCCCCUGCUUAAAGUAUUUUAUUGCAGUUAUACCCAACCGAUAUUUGCGAAAAAAUAAACACAGAAGUGAAAGAUCUGUCACAAGACGAUUGAUACGUAUCCGUGCAUAUUUUUAAGUGGGUAUACGCAAAUCCUGGUGCGUUCCUAGUGGGUAUACGGCGUAUACCUGCGUAUCACGUAGACUACACCACUGCCUACAGGAGUUCAGAAAGGCGUCAUGCUGCUCCUUCAGAUUCAGGAAGGUGUCGAGGCGGAGGGAAGUCCUGCGGUUCCUCUCUCUACCUCAAGAGACGUCCUUCUGUUCCUCUCUCUAAUUUCUGGAGGAGACGUCCUGCUGUUCCUCUCUCUACCUUCACGGAAGACGGAUCCAUCUCGUUUCACAUCCACCGUUUGAAGACUAGAACCAGUAGCAGGUUGACAACAGGACCGAGAAGCUGCGCGUCCAUGUUGUUCGGUGAAAGAAGUCAGAAGGUCUGCUCAGAAGAAGGCGGUGGAGGUCUAAUAACCAUGAUAUGAUCGACGGAGGUAACGUCCGCUUAUGAGCUCAUGUUCCAAUCCCUCGUAAUGCUGAUCCUCCAGGCGUCACCUCGUCCUAGCGUUGAGCACCCGCUAUAAGGUCGCAUGGAGCGACUCGGGGUCCUCCUGGUGGCCAGCUGCCAGGAGAACCAGGAGAGCCCGGAGCUGAGGAGGAGGAGGCGCUGGGCCAGACUGUUCGAUCAGCUGGACCUCAAUAAGGAUGGACGGAUCGAUCUACGUGAGCUGCGGGUUGGCCUGGCAAAGCGAGGGGUGUCCCGGAGCUCCGUGGAUAAGGUCGUCCUCGCCGGGGACACCAACCAGGACGGCGAGCUGGACUUUGAGGAGUUCAGCCGCUACCUCCACACCCACGAGAAGCAACUCAGACUCCUGUUCAGCAACCUGGACCGCAACCACGACGGUGAAAUCGACGCAGCAGAGAUCCAACACUCUCUGCGCUCCAUCGGUCUGGACGUCAGCCGCCAGGAGGCAGAGCGGAUUCUGAACAGUAUGGACAGAGACGGGACCAUGACGAUAGACUGGGCCGAGUGGCGCGACCACUUCCUGUUCAACCCACUUCACAACAUGGAGGACGUGGCCCGCUACUGGAGACACACCAUGAUCCUGGACACCGGAGAGCAGCUGCGGAUCCCGGAGGAGCUGUCGGAUCAGAGCAGGUCCUCUGUGUGGCGGCAGCUGGCCUCCGGGGGGCUGGCGGGGGCCGUGUCCCGGACCAGCACCGCGCCCCUGGACCGGCUCAAGGUCUUCCUCCAGGUCCACGGCUCCUUCCCCGGGACGAGCUCGGUGGGGAACAGCUUCCAGUCCAUGGUGAGGGAGGGGGGGCUGGGCUCGCUGUGGAGGGGCAACGGGAUCAACGUCCUGAAGAUGGCCCCCGAGACCGCCAUCAAGUUCACCGUCUACGAGCAGAUCAAAGGCCUUCUGGGAGGAAGUGACGCCAGCGGACACCUGAAGCUUCAGGAGAGGUUUAUAGCUGGCUCACUGGCUGGAGCCAUCGCCCAGACCGCCAUCUACCCACUAGAGGUGCUGAAGACACGGCUGACGCUUAGGGCCACGGGCCAGUUCUCGGGGGUGGCGGACUGCGUCUCCCAGGUGCUGCGGACGGAGGGCGUCUGGGCCUUCUACAGGGGCUACGUCCCCAACCUGCUGGCCAUCGCCCCGGCCGCAGGCAUCGACCUGGCCGUCUACGAGUCUCUGAAGAACUCGUGGAUCAGCAGGAACUCGGCCUCCGGGCCCCCCUCCGGGCCCCCCGGGGUCCUGGUUCUGGUCGGCUGCGGGGCGCUGUCCAGUACCUGUGGCCAGCUGGCCAGCUACCCGCUCGCCCUGGUCAAGACACGCAUGCAGGCCCAAGCCGCGGAGGGAGGAGGCCCCCGUCCCUCCAUGACCGCCCUGUUCCACAGCAUCCUGGCCCAGGAGGGCGUGGCCGGGCUGUACCGCGGCCUCUCCCCAAAUCUGCUCAAAGUCAUUCCCGCCGUCAGCAUCUCCUACGUGGUCUACGAGUACAUGAGGCGCGGCAUAGAGAACGGGUUCCUCUAGCACCAGGAACCAUGGAGAACGGUUCCUCUAGCACCAGGAACCAUGGAGAACGGUUCCUCUAGCACCAGGAACCAUGGAGAACUGUUCCUCUAGCACCAGGAACCAUGGAGAACGGUUCCUCUAGCACCAGGAACCAUAGAGAACGGUUCCUCUAGCACCAGGAACCAUGGAGAACUGUUCCUCUAGCACCAGGAACCAUAGAGAAUGGGUUCCUCUAGCACCAGGAACCAUGGAGAACUGUUCCUCUAGCACAAGGAAGGAACCAUGGAGAACUGUUCCUCUAGCACCAGGAACCAUGGAGAACGGUUCCUCUAGCACCAGGAACCAUGGAGAACGGGUUCCUCUAGCACCAGGAACCAUAGAGAACGGUUCCUCUAGCACCAGGAACCAUGGAGAACGGGUUCCUCAACACCAGGAACCAUGGAGAACGGGUUCCUCAACACCAGGGGGCCAUGGAGAACGGUUCCUCUAGCACCAGGAACCAUAGAGAACGGUUCCUCUAGCACCAGGAACCAUGGAGAACGGGUUCCUCAACACCAGGAACCAUGGAGAACGGGUUCCUCAACACCAGGAACCAUGGAGAACGGGUUCCUCAACACCAGGAACCAUGGAGAACGGUUCCUCUAGCACCAGGAACCAUGGAGAACGGGUUCCUCAACACCAGGGGGCCGUAGAGAACGGUUCCUCUAGCACCAGGAACCAUAGAGAACGGUUCCUCUAGCACCAGGAACCAUAGAGAACGGGUUCCUCUAGCACCAGGAACCAUGGAGAACGGGUUCCUCUAGCACCAGGAGCCAUGGAGAACUGUUCCUCUAGCACCAGGAACCAUAGAGAACUGUUCCUCUA